AAAGAUAAGACUAUUAAAAACAAAAUGGAUGCGCCCAUGGAGGGACUCGAGGGUAUAUAAUCGCAGCGGGAAUCGCAGUCCAUGAAUGACGAAACAGAUAAUUCCAUGACUUUGGUCUUUGGAACUCUUGAUCACGGUCAGAGACUUAGAUAUAUGAUACUACUAACCAAAAAACGACCUCUCAUAAUAUUAGGAGACAACAAGUAAGUGGACGAUUGAAUAAAAUGGCACCAACCAUAUCAGCAUCCCGAGCUCCCAUCAUGCACCUGCUCCGAAGUCAUACUCCAUUGUCCAUCGUGACCGCUCCACUGUGUAGAUACCAUCGACGGUUCUAUGGAAGGUUAGUGCUCGGUAUUGAGACGACUUGUGAUGACACUGGAGCUGCAGUCAUGGAUGAUUCGGGCAAGAUACUUGCAGAAAGACUUCACACUCAGAAGAGAAUUCAUGCCAAGAAUGGGGGUAUCAUCCCCCCUCUAGCUCAAGAUCUUCACCGACAGUUCAUUGACCCUGUCGUUCAAGGUACUAUCAAGGAUGCUGGGAUAGAGGCUAAGGACUUGUCAGCAGUAGCUUUAAGUACCAUGCCUGGCAUGCCUCUCUCAUUGUGGGUUGGUUUACAGUACACUAAGGAUAUGCUGCUUCGUCAUCCUCAUCUUCCACUUAUCCCAAUCAAUCAUAUGGAGGCUCACGCCCUUACAGUGAGAAUGAUAGAAAGAGUAGACUUUCCCUUUUUGGUUCUACUUGUUUCUGGUGGUAACUGCAUCCUGGCUGUAGCUCGAGGAGUAGGAGACUUCAAGGUUCUUGGUGUGACACUGGAUGACGCUCCAGGAGAGGCAUUUGAUAAGGUUGCUAGACGCCUGAAGCUUCAGCACCACCCAGACUGCCUAGGAUUGAGCGGAGGACAAGCGAUAGAGAAGAUGGCCGAGAACGGCAACAUCAGGCUAUUGAUGGAACGAGGGGUCCCUAUGAGCCAUCAUAGAAAUUGUAACUUCUCCUUUGCCGGUCUCAAGAAUAUGGCAAACUGGCUUAUACAGCAUCAUGAGGUUAGACAAGGUCUGUCCGUCUCUGAAGACGAUCAUCUUGACACCGUCAACGACGUAGCAGCAUCCUUCCAGCAUAAGUUAACCCAGCACCUGAUCAUACGGAUCGCUCGGGCCAUGCUCUACUGCCAGCAGACCGGUCUCAUCCCAGAAGAGAACCAGACACUGGUUGUUUCAGGAGGAGUCGCCAGCAACAAGUACAUUUGCAAGGCCCUAGACUUCACCGCCAGUCACUUCAAGUACAAACUGAUCUGCCCUCCACCACACCUGUGCACAGACAAUGGAGUCAUGAUUGCUUGGGCUGGGGUAGAAAGACUAAGACUAGGCAUGGGCUUUGCUGAUGAUCCUCAGUCCGUCAGAUUCCAACCAAAGAUGCCCCUUGGCGAAGAUAUUUCAGACCAGGUGAGGGAGGCGAACAUCAAAGUAAAGAGAAUUAAGUUUUGGUGAAAGGACAGGAAGGAUCUACAUCAGGACUGGAAUAGAGCCAAGUCAAGGCUACUAAUUUGAAGAAUUUUUCUUGGCCUUACUCGCUAAAGCUUGCUUUGAUUUCAAGUGGAGGUGAAAAACGUGAGCAAUCUCCAGCAGAACAGGAAAUAGUGACAAGUCAAGGCUUCUGAUGUUGCUAAUUCUAAGAACUGUCCAAGGCCCUAUAUGCGAAAACUUACUGAAGUUCAAGUUUACGUAUGUGUGGAAUGUACAGCAGAUUGGAGAGUUAUGCCAAGUCGUGCCACUGAUGUUGCGGAUUCUAAGAAUCGUUCAUUGCCUAACUUGCUAAACUUUCCUCGACUUCAAGUUAAGGUGUGGAAUUACAUGGAAUCUCCUGCAGAACUUGGACUGGUGCGAAGUCAAGGCUAUUAAUGAAAAUAAUUGACCAUUGUCCUCGUUGCCAAAGUUUGCUAUAACAUUCGAGGAAACGUGAGGAGUCUCCAGCAGAACUGGGAAUAGUGGCAAGUCAAGGCUACUAAUUCAAACAAUUCUUUCAUUAACCUAGUGGCCAGAGCUUGCUUCAGUUUCAAACUGUAAGGCAGUGAGUGGAAUAUCCAGUAGAACUGGGAAAUAGGACCAAGUGGAGGCUACUGAUGUUGUUAACUCGAAGAACUGUUUGUUGCCUAUUAUGUAAGCCAAUGAGAUUGCAUCUGAACAAUGAUGUCAAGAUAAGAGGAUUUGAUAAUUCAAUAUUUUAUUGAAUUUCCAUGGAAAAUUGUGAAUAUGCUGAUAAGUCAAGAUUUAUGAAAAUACAUAUGUGAAAUUAUUGAGAAGUUCCUUUUAUAUUGCAAUAUUAAUAAAAAAUAGAUUGAAAUCUGAAUGAAUUUUUUUGUGUUUCCCAUUAUUUACACUUGCCUGGCCCCACUUAAAAAAAGAUUUACAAUCAUUUUCAAUUAUUGUAUUACCAUAGAAACCUUGAUUGUAAUUGGCUUUUGAGCCCUGUUACCAUGGUAAUUACAAAGUUACCAUAGUUGUAAGUAUUUCUGAAAAGGGGUCCUGAUUUGUCAAAUACUUCAAAAAAAAUGCAACAAGUUCAAUUUGGAAGGUUGUCAAAGAAAGAAAACUUUACCAGUUAAAAGUAUCAAAUGAUCAUAGGCUGCAAUUACCAACUUUGACAGCUCGUUGCUGGAAUUGGAUUUAUUUUGAGAGAAAAAAUGAAAAAUAUGCAGAGAGAUUUAAAUUUUGAUGCAAUUAGCAAAAUUUCAAUAACUUUUUGUUCAUUGCAACAUACAAAUUAAGAGCAUAAAGUUGUAUACUUGGAAAUAAAAUCAAAUACCAUUAUGGGAAUGUCAUGGUCUAGUGGUUCUGGCUCUCGUCUUUCAAUUGAGGAUUGUGGGUUUUUAUCCCAGGCAUGACAUGCAUUUCCAGCAAAAAUGUGAAAACUAUUUUCCAGAAAUGAAAAAAAGUAACAUAUUUCAGAAGUUUGUCACCGGGAUGGCAGAAGGAUGAGUGUGCAUGGAGAAUCAGUGCUCCCACUUUUCAAAACGGAACUUCCUGGAAUUUAAUCUGAGAGUUCCUGGAAUUUGUUGAAUGUUCUCCAGUCUUCCAUAAGUUAUAACGAAAUAUAGGGCCCAGUGCCGUAAUUGAGUCAGCUAAAAUUUUUGAGGGGGUGAAACAUGACGUAACGGGAAAAUUUAAUUAAGAGUUGCGAGCGAGCAAAAUUUUUGACAUUUUAAUUAAAAAGAUCAAAUUUUGUGAUAGAUUUUGGCAUAAUAUUCAUAAAAUAAUAUCAUUCUCGAAAAUGGUAACUUCCUGGAAUUUCUCACUUCCUGGAAUGAUCCUGGAAAAUAGCAAAACUUCCUGGAAUCCAGGAAGAGUGGAAGCACAGGAGAGCUUUCAAUUCCUGCACGACUGGCAUAAACGGAGUACGAGCAUGCACUGUGAAAAAAGGAUGCGCAUGUAUGGUGAUUUUCAAUUUCUGUGCGGAAAGCACAAGGCUGGCAGUCCUGAUGCCCGUUUCAUAAAGGACUUGCAACUGUUGUAACUGCCAUCAUGGCAACUUCUAUGGAAACCUUGAUAGUGAUUGGCUGCUGAGCCCUGUUACCAUGGUAGUUGUCAUAAUGGCAAAGUUAAAACAGUUGCAAGUCCUUUAUGAAACGGGCCCCUGGUGUGCACUAUGCAAGAUAUGCAGUGCACACAAAAGGCAACGCCCUUUUGCCUGACAAACGGGAAUGGGAAUUGGCAUACAUGUAAAUCCUUAUUCCCAGUUCCUGCCAGUUAUUCAGAAUGCUCAGUAGGGCAAUUCCAUUAAAUGAUCAACCUUUUUGUACAUCCCGACACCCAUUUUUCUCAAGUCUUCACUUCUUAAACUGACCAAGUCAUGGUCCUUUUAGAACAUUACAGACUUUCAAAAGAGCGAGAAAUCAGACAGAAAAUUUCAUGAAAGUCCUACUUAUAGGGGGUCGGACGUACAUAUUUUAUGGAAAUGCUCAGUAGUGAGCAUAUUAUUUACUAACCAGCUAUACUUACCUAUACCAUCUCAACUAAUUGUGUGCUAUUUCGACUUGGAGUAACAAAUCAAAAUUUGAUGAAAGAGUGGAGCACUGUACAGUCAAAGAACCCAUUCUUCCCUAUUUUGAACAGUUUUCACUCUAUAAUCUGUUUAUUGACUAUGGAUAUAAAAUACUAAAAGUACUUGUGACUUCUGCAACGAAAGAGCCAGACAAACAAAUGUAGAGUGCAUAAAUUUUUAUUUUAUUCUAUGCCUUUUGAUUUCAAAUAUAGACAAACAUACAUGUACAAUAUA